UUUUUUUUGCCACUGACUUGUUUUCCUGUCGGAUAGCGUAUGGCCUGUCUCUCUUGCGGUACUCGUGACACCCCUUUGACAACAACUAGUAACAUGGCUAUCAAGGUUGGCAUCAACGGCUUUGGCCGCAUCGGCCGCAUCGUCAUGCGUGCCGCCGUGAGCAACCCCAACGUUCAGGUCGUCUCCAUCAACGACCCCUUCAUGGAUGUCGACUACAUGGUGUACAUGUUCAAGUACGACUCGACUCACGGCAAGUACGCUGGCAGUGUCGAGGCCAAGGAUGGCAAGCUUGUCAUUGACGGCACCGUCAUCAACGUGCACGCCUGCAUGAAGCCCGAGGAGAUUCCUUGGGGCACCGAUGGCGUUGACGUCGUUGUCGAGUCCACUGGUGUCUUCACCGACAAGGCCGGUGCCUCGGCCCAUCUUAAGGGCGGUGCCAAGAAGGUUGUCAUCUCGGCCCCCUCGAAGGAUGCCCCCAUGUUUGUGAUGGGUGUCAACGAGGACAAGUACGACGCGGCCUCGAUGGACAUUGUCUCCAAUGCCUCGUGCACCACCAACUGCCUCGCCCCCAUUGUCAAGGUGCUCGAGGACGAGUUUGGCAUCGUUGAGGGCCUCAUGACCACCGUCCACGCCUUCACCGCCACCCAGAAGCCCGUCGAUGCCCCCGCCCGCAAGGACUGGCGCUCGGGCCGUGGCUGCGCCCAGAACAUCAUCCCCGCCUCCACCGGUGCUGCCAAGGCUGUCGGCAAGGUCAUCCCUGCCGUUGACGGCAAGCUCACUGGCAUGGCCUUCCGUGUCCCCACUCCCGAUGUCUCCGUCGUCGACCUCACCUGCCGCCUCGACAAGGCCGCCAGCUACGACGACAUCAAGGCUGCCAUGAAGAAGGCUGCCGAGGGCCCCAUGAAGGGCGUUCUUGCCUACACCGAGGAGGAUGUUGUCAGCAUGGACUUCCGUGGCGACCCCCACUCCUCCAUCUUCGAUGCCAAGGCCGGUAUUGCCCUCAACGACAACUUUGUCAAGCUCAUUAGCUGGUACGACAACGAGUUUGGCUACUCCAACCGCGUGGUCGACCUCAUUGCCUACAUUGGCAAGUCUCUGUAAAGAAGUCCUCUUUAGGCCUUGCUCGUCUUGUGUUCUUGUGAUACCCCCCCUGCUUUGCUAGCGUGUUUAUUCCCUUCCUGACUCGGCCUCUUCGUGCCGUGCUUCUGAGGCCGUCUCCUGGCGGCCGAAGCGAGCAUGCCGGCCUUGGUCACCUCGUGAUUGUUGAGGCUUUCGUUGUUUUCAAAUUGGAGUUUGGAAGAAGUA